AAUGGCGGAACUGGAAGCCUAUUGAAGCUCGUUGUUGCUUAUUAAAGCUUGUUGACGCAGUAGAAACCCAACACAACUAGUUCCAAGGAAUUCUAAGUAGUUCCGUGGGGAUACAGCGAGGCUUUCGGCAUUAGAAGUGUUUGGAAUCUGUCCCGUUGUUAGCCUCUGAAACCAAACAAGCCAGGCGGAGUCUCUUUGGACCCAAAGUUGACGUCGUCCUCUUCAACUUGCCGCGACAUCGGUACCGACACCGACUUGACAAGCGACAUGGCCGAGGCUCGGCCAGAGGAAGAGGAGAACAUGAGGAGGAAUACUGGCGAACAAGUGAUCCGACGCCAGCCCAACAGCACCGAAGGUCGUCCUGACAGGAGGAAGCCAGAGAAUCGUCUCAGCCAAGGUCCACUGUGGUCCCUGAAAGCAGCCAUCAAGAAAACCACCAGCAGGUCCACGUCUUUCUCCGAGACACCGCGAGACAGAAACCGUGACGGAGACAGGAGGGGCUCUCGUGCCAGGCGACCGGAUAUCACCAUUUUGUCAGCUGAACCGCUCCCCUCCACUUCCUGGUUCCCGCCUCCUCCUCCUCCGGCUGCACAAAUCUGGGGGCCGACAAUUCCGCCGUCCGUACAGCCUCCACCCUCCUAUGACGAGGUUAUCCGGGAGAAGACACAGGAACAGAGUAUCCACACGUCCUCAGCCAUCACAUCCCAUCCAGCCUUUAGGACCAUCAUCUCCACCCAGACGGACGCUGGAUCGCCUCCUGACGUUCAGGAAUCUCCAGUGGGGCACGACAAACCGCUGCGGCCACCGCUCCCCAGCACUGUGUCUCAAGAUGGCAUCAGCUCGCCUUUGACUCCAAUUUCUGAAGGGUGCAAAUCAGAGCAGCUACCUGCAUUUGAUGCAGAGACGCCGAGUGCCAAGCCCCCUCUAAACGAAGUGGAGCACCCUAGGCCACGUCCUCGAUCCAGGCUCCCGGUAACCCCUGUUAGCAACGAGGUCAAGGUUCAGACUUUGGUCAAACUGCGUGAGGACGGAUUGGCCACACUCGCUGCCCGUGCUAGUGCUAACGUCAGCAAACAGGACGUGAUUCAGGGUAAAUACUUUCAAGAGCUGCUGGAGGCCUUCAGCGCUGACGACUGGGGCUUCCCUGAGUGCCCAGGUGACGACAGUGGUCUCAGCCAGUCAGAGGAGGACGAGGAAGAGAAGGACAUGGCGGCCCUCAAGGCCAGGAUCCAGACCUUUGAGCAGCAGCAGGUGGGGCUUGAUAACGAGAAGGUUGACGGAAAGAAACCAGAACCAAGACCACGCCCUCGUCUCCAAGGACAAUCUGCCAAAAUGCUUCCACCGACCGUCGCCCCAAAACCCAAAAGCCUCCUUAAAGCCCCGCAGGUAGUUGACACUCUGUCAACUGAAGGUACUCCAGAGGAACUGAACCCCCAACCAGUCCCAGAGUCCGUGCCACCUUCCCCUGCACCCAUUCCAUCCCCCAGGCUCCCACCGACGCAACUCACCCUCUCACCAAGUGAGACUCAUUCCACAGACAAAGAUCCAUCCAGACCACCAAUCCCACUGCGAACCGUGGCUCCAGCUCAUGAUAAAGCCGGCGCGGGUGGAAACGUGACCCCAGCACGGCCUCCCAGACCCUCCAUGCAGGUCAUCAGGGGGGCGCAGACAACAAACACCCUGAAGCUAACAGGCCCCACUCCGGAACCCACUGCAGUCCCUUCCACAGCUCUUGUCCACGCCAGAUCACCGCCCCCGGCCCUAACGAAGGCUGACAGUAUCUCCCAGCCUCCCCUCCCCCCUCGGCCUUCAAGUGUGAAGUCCCUCCCCCCCAGGCCUCCACCCAUGAAAUCUGUCCCUGCCCGGCCGCCCCCUCCCGCCAGCGUCUCAUCCGUCAGCCAGCCCCCGCAAGCACCAUCCAAUCAGAUGCAGGGUCAAAGGGUGUCAAAGAAAGGGCCACCUCUGCCCCCCCGCCCUAAUCCUGGACACCCCCUCUUUAACAGCUGCAUGCCAGCAACACACUCAAAGGAUACGGAUAACAAACAUGAGUCCAAAGUACCCCACUGUCAAACUGGCAUGUCCCAGAAACAGGAAGUCCUCAUCAUCCUGGACGACCCCCCGCCGGCACACUGUCUCAUGGACCUGCACGUGCUGCCCCCAGUAGAACUAUCAAAGCCUGCUUUGGAGAGUGUCAAACCGUCAGAGUGGCCAACCAUGCAGAAACAUCCAGAACCGCCCCCCAUCAGCGGCCCUCGCUGUGUUGCCUUGUUUGACUUCAAGGGAAUUCAGGACGACGAGCUGACCUUCUCCCAGGGUGAUGUCAUCAGCCUCCUGGAGCUCAUCGGGACGGAGUGGGGGCGGGGCCAGAUAUCCGGGCGUGUCGGGCUUUUCCCCCUGAGCUUCACUCGAGUCACAGAGCCCAUCCUAACGGAGGGCUCGGGGAAGCCACCGUUGGCACGCGAGGGGGUGAUAGAAAGUCCAGCAGCACCACAGUCCUCAAAAGAAACGCAGGUGGACGAGUGGGUGGUGGCGCUCUUUGAUUUCCCUGCUCAGACCGCAGAGGAUCUGUCCUUCCACAAGGGAGCGCUCAUCCAGGUGACCCAGCACGUGGACUUAGAGUGGAGGAGGGGGAGACUGGAUGGGAGGGAGGGGCUUUAUCCAGCCGCCUUCACGCAGGCCUGCCAGGCUCAGCCAAUUCCAAAGCAGGAGUCAGCAGAAAGAGGCGUGGCCAAAGCUCUGUUUGCGUUCACAGCCAAGAGCGGGGACGAACUCACAGUGAAGGCUGGUGACAUCAUCACUUUGGUGGAGCCUGUGGACGAGCAGUGGAUUGUGGGAGUUGUGGGCAGCCGGCGUGGAUUGGUGCCCAAAAACUACAUUUGCCUUCUUUGAUCGGUGGAAGGUGCUUAAAGUGGAAUAGUCGGGGGUUGUUCACACGUGAGUGAAGUCCACACGAUAUUUCACUCCUUUCUGUUAAAACUAAAACACACCUUCUUGAAUCCAACAACAACAAAGGCCUUUGACAAGACUCUUUGGAUGAAAGAUCGUGUUCUUGUUUGGUUCCAUUGAGUGUCCAACAAGUUCAUGUAAGAAUCCACUUAGUGCUUCUGAACAUUCAAAUGACUUUUCUGUGAGGCUGUGUCACGGCUCGGUGACCUGCAUUGUCAUGGCAACAUGAUGUACACAACCUUAUUCCUGUGACAUUAGCGCUAAGAUGCUAGAUACGCAAGACCUCUUUUGAUAAAACAAACAUUCCAGCUUUUAACUCAGAAUAAAAUGAUGAAAAAAUUACUUGACCUUGACUGUUAGCAUUUUCAUUUUUCGGCCUUGUUCACAUGACAAUGGGCAUUUGCACACGAUUGCACAUUCUUCCCCACUCUGGUGUUAAAAAAAAUAACCACCCAAACCAGUGGCAUCUAAAAAAAAUCCCCCCACAUAAAAGCACAUUAAUCGGAUGUUGUAAUUUGUCGUAAUUUGUCCAAUCAGAUGCCUGAAAAAGCAAUCACUUGGUCGUGCAUUUUAACACCUCUGUUCAUCGACAUAAAGAGUGUCCCUAAAGUCUGGACAUAUAAUAUACAUGUAUAAUAUACAUACAUUAUAUGAAAAAAAUGUUUCAUUUCAUUAAUUACAUUCAUGGAGUCAUAAAUUACAGAUAAUUAUUUUUAAAAAUAUUAAAAAUAAUAAAGAUUCUUUGUCAAAUUUUCAUUUGAUUUGCAAUAUAUAUUAGAUUUUGUUGUGACAGAUUUUUUCUCUCCAUUUCUUUUGCAGAAAUCCCAUUUCAUUCACCAUAAUAACUUAAAAAUAUGUGAUGAUAAAGCACAAAAUGUUAGCUCAAUACAGUACACAACUGCAUAAAAAUACUGAAUACAGUACACAGUGAGGUUUAAAUGGCCGAGCGCUUUUGUUUGCACCUUGUGCAAACCAUUCCUCCUUGUGCAAACCAUUCCUCCACCAUUCCUGCUGGAGGCACCACAUCCACAGGAAAGGAACAAGUCAGCCACUUGCAAGUCUUUGUUUGCAAGUUUAAAGCAUCAGCUUGCAUCAUCAAUUCCAUCAAAAUCGUCAUUGUUCAUUAUUUCAUGAGUGGUGAGAUGUUACGAUUUAAAAUGCUUUAAUCAAGUGUGUGAGGCAUAUACUGUACAUAAGCUUGACAAUUUUUAAGCAGUUUAAUUUGUAACUGUGAAGACUAUAGACAUUUUUUGUGUUCAAUCUUUUAUUUAAAAUGAAUGUUCUUAUGUUCUUAUGACACAAGCCAAAAAGUUCAGUUUUAUCAUCCAGACUGAAUUUUUUUUUUCCGCACCGGCCAAGUGCAUUUUCCAAAAGCUCAGUUUUUAGGGACAAAAAUCUACAUUUGUGUGUGGAUGGAUAGGAAAAAUGUAUAGAAUAUACUGUGACGGUGCACGUCCACCGCUAAAUACCGGCACUACAUUUACACGUAUACAUGCACGCACGCACGUGUCGCCAUCCCAUUCAUUACACUACAAACAGACUCAACGUCUCUGGCGUAUGUGCGUACGUGCAUGUGUAUGUGUAAAUGUAGUGCUCUGUAGUUAGUGAUGAAUGUAGUCACGUGCCUUUUUAAAAUGUCGAUAUUUGUAUGGUCAAAGCCGUAGUUUCUCCUUCAAAACAAAUUUUCAUCCAUUCAUCUUCUUCCGCUUAUGUGGGGUCGGGUCACAGGGGCAGCAGCCUAAGCAGAGAAGCCCAGACUUCAAAACUACUGGGGGAUCUUGAGCAGUUCCCAGGCCAACUGAGAGACGUAGUCUCUCCAAAGUGUCCUGGGUCUUUUUCAAGGAUCUCAUCCACCCCCGGCGCCCUGCCACUGAAGAACUUUUUGAUCAUCUUGACAACCUCAGCUAUGCUGACAGCUGAGACCACCUCUAUGGGCGGUCGAUGAGGCACUGCUUCCUCAUUGGAAAACAUGUCGGUCGGAUUGAGGAGGUCUUCAAAGCAUUCCUUGAGUCCUGAGUUGAGAUCAGCAGCACACCAGCCCCACCAUAAAUGGCGCUGAAGUGCACUGCUGCCCCCUCCUGAGACGACGGAUGAUCUGAUCGGCAGCCUCAACAAUAGAGGCAUGGAACAUGGCCCACAAUGAACCGCUGUUUGGCGCAUAAGUGCAAAAGGUCAGGACCCAUCACCCCACCCAAAGACGGAGGGAGACAACCCUCUCGUUUACUCGGUUAAACUCCAACGUACAGGCACUGAGCCGGGCUUCGAGGUGAGUCUGACUAUACUGUAUCUAGCCGGAACUUCUCAAACUCGCGCACCAAAGAGGUGAAAUUCCACGCACCUAGAGCUAGCUUCUGCAACCGAGGAUCGCACCGCAAAGGUCCCUGUUUUCCGCUGCCACCCAUCUCAGACUGCACCCGACCCCUUUGGCCCCUCCCAUGAGUGGUGAGCCCAGCCACCAGGAACUCUCCAUCGACCCCCACCUCAGGCUUGGCUCCAGAGGGAGGUCCCGGUGACGCGUGUCCGGGUGAGGGAAAACUUGGCCCAAUUUUGUUUUUCAUCAUUGGGGUCUUUUGAGCCACUCUUUGUCUGGUCCCUUCCUGAGGACCUUUUAGUUAUGGGUGGUCCUACCAAGGGUAUCAAAGCCUCUGACAACUUAGCUCCUAGGAUCAUUGAGUCACUCAAACUCCUCCACCACAAUAAGGUAGUAGCUCAAAAGAGGAGCCAAACUAAUUGAAAUAGUAAAAAAAAAAAAAAAAAAGAAAGAAAUAGAUGUUUUUACUGCAGUAGUUUUAUUUAAUUUCACAGUUGUCUUCAAUUUUAAAAUCAGGGUUUGGUCUUUGAACUCAUCAUAUCACAUCAUGUGGUUAAAAUGUCCUCACCCCACUGGGACUUUUAAAUUUUUUUUUUUGCCUAAAAGCUCUUUAGGGUGAGCAGUUAUGGAAAAGAUCGGGCUAAAAACACACAAAUGCAAUUUGUCAUGAACAGUUCAUGAUUCUUUUCGGAAAAAAACAUCUCAGGUCAUUUCUAGUUCAUCUACUGCACUUGAUGGAAAACAUUGACAAGGCAUGAUGAUGAUCUCUCUCUCUCUCACACACACACACACACACACACACACACAUUGGCCCACUGAAAGCCAAAUGGGUCAAGUGUUUCCAAAGUGGACACUUCAUUGUUGAAGUUUUAUAAUACUUUUUUCACCUAUUUGUGGCCAUCAAGCUAAGUGAAAGCAGGCUUUUAGCAUAUGGCUAACACAAGGCUCCUUUCGGCUGAGAGAAAACUGCUAAAAAUUAAGACGACUGGGUUGAUCGCAGGCAAGUGGGCGAGAGCCGCUGGUGAAUGCGAGCUAGCAUGCCAAGUUCUUCAUCGGUGGCUCUGGCCCAAAGGUCAAGGCCAUGGAGAGGUGGUGCUAGGUUCAAAUGUCAUAAGACUGCAUUGGGCAGGAAAAAAAGAAAUCAAGUCACUCAUUUAAAGCUCCUUACUUGUCUUCCUGUACCUUAAUAACAGACAGACGGCAUGAUGGCUUGGGUGAUGAUGUCAUGAUACCAUUAUUAAAUAACACCUCCAUUUUUUUGUAUUGGCUCACUGACCGUUGUGUUUUUUUUCCUAAGCUGCUACGUUUUCCUACUUCACAACAGACACGUGACGGCUAACUUAUACAACAGAUUGUGUCUCAAAUGGAAUACUUCCAUCAGUACACUUCAAUAAUCACACUGUGUACACUGUGUACUUAGUUCCUGAGUGUGUGAAUUUUGACAGUGUAGUGCUGUCCCCUCUGGAUUACUGUUACCUUUUGCUGGAAAUGACAGUUCUGCUUUUUCCCUCAUUUAGAAGUUUGGAAAGUAGUUCUUCCCUUUUCGCUACAUAUAGCCACGAUGUCGAUGAUUGAGGGUGUUAGCACUGCACUCACCAUUUCCACCGUUUUGAGUGCUACAUCUGGGUACUGACAGUGCACUGCAUUUUGCCCUACUUCUCAGUGUGAACGCACUGCUGCACUCCCAAAAAGUGUAAGUAUGAAAGUACACCAAUUAAGACACAGCAUUCAUCUUGUUGGAUCAAGGCAAAAAGCUUUUGGAAACUGGAAAUAUUGACUAAUCACUCGUGUUGAAGUGUCCCAAACCCUGUAUGGAUCAAUGUAGGCAGGCACAGUGUUUAUGACCUCAGUUUGGGAGAUGUGGGUGGGGGUGUCACCAAUACAAAAAGAAGGUUGGAGUGUUUUCCCAGAAAAGGUGGAAGACAUUGAGGUUGCACGGAAAGUUUGCAGGACCAUGUUUGAAGUAUUCCAAGCCGGUGAGAUCCUAUUCCUGAUGCCGCAGCAGGACUUCCUCCUCAUUGGUCUGGAUGCUGACAUUCCCAAAAUACUGGAUUAUAAUCCAUUUGAGCAGUGGGAAAUGGUUAAAAUUGGAUCAAGUUCAACUCAAGGAUGUGGAAAAGUUGCUUUAACAAAAGGACAAGUUGUGGUCCACUUGGGAGCUUGGUGGUCUUCUAGACCAGUGGGGAAGGAACCUGUUUAGUUUCCAACACCGGAGAUUCCUGUUCUGUGUCCUCGCCGGCAGCCUCUUCAUUGCUGGAGUCAAUGGGAGCGUCAUCCUGCAUGAGCGGACAGAAGUAAAGAUGGAGGACAACUUCAUACUUGGACGAGUAAGGUAUGGCUGAUAGCUCACCGUCACCCAAGGGUGUGAGAGAACCUCCUCUGCUGUGAAGCGAGCAUCCACAUUCACCUGCAGCAUCUGACUGAUCAGCAUCUGAGGAAGAAGCACGGAGUGCAGGACUGCUGUCAGAUAUGCAAGACUAACUUCUGGACUCUUAAAUGUCACCUUGGCAGGCAGGCUGAUUGUGUCCCAGUCUGGAGAUGGGAACUCAAGCUUCCCUUGGAGGAUCUGAUCAAACAGUUCCUCUUGGACAUUGUUCUCGCUGAGGAAGACCAGGAUGGACAAAGUUACACACUUUAGAUUUUUGUCUUCUUCCUGUUGUGGAUGUCGACCAAUCAACACACUGCUCUGUGGCUAGCCCCCCGCCUCACUGACCUUCUGAAUGGUGGGAAUCCACAAAGCAGGAUGUAGGUAAUGAUGCCUGCCGCCCAGAUGUCCACCUUCAGACCGUAACUGCACGCACAGAAGCAGAUGAAUGCUAAUGCUACCUUUUUAAGGUAAUAACUGUGCUCACUUCCUGCUUGCUCUCACCCGCUCUCAGCGAUGAUCUCCGGGGCGACGUAGGUGGGCGUUCCACACACGGUGUAGAGCGGCCCCUCCACCACUGUGGCCAAGCCGAAGUCUCCCAGUUUGAGAGACUUGGUGCCGUCUGGAUACUCGCACACCUGCCGAGCACAAACACGCCAUUAGGCAGUGACGACAGCGGUGGGGAGAUACGCCGUCUGACUCCUACCAGCAGGUUCUCUGGCUUGAUGUCUCGGUGCACAAUGUUCAUCCUGUGCAGAUACUUGAUGGCUCCAGCCAGGUUGAAGACCAUGGCGCUGGCGUCGUGCUCGCUAUACUUGGUGGACGACGUGAUGGCGUCAAAAAGGUCGCCACCCUGAGAGGUGCAGGAAAAUCCUAACUUUGUUCUGACACUUUUUUUUAUCACAGAAGUGAGAAGAUGAAGAUGAAGACCUUGACGAGCUCCAUGACCAGGAACAGCUGAGAGGGUGUUUCGUCCACCUCGAUGAGCUGGAUGAUGCUGGGAUGUCGAACCCUACGUAGGACUGCCACCUCGUUCUCUAUCAGGUGCUCCUGUUGGCACGCUCAUGUGACUUAUUACGUCUGCAUCCACCACAGUGCACCUCUGCUACGUGGCGUACUACAUUACCUUCCCGCAGCAGCGAGCUUUGUCGAUGAUCUUCAGAGCAAACUCCUGUCCAGUGGAUCUGAGGGGAGCAUCAGAACUAAGAAAAAGUUCUUAAAGGUUCAAGAGGGAUUACCUUUUACCUCUCGACACACUCCUUCACCACCGCAAAGUUUCCGUCUCCGAUGACCUUCCCGAUUUUGUACUUGCUGCUGAUGAUGGACGACGACACCACCAGAUUUCCGUUCACUUGGAAGAGAAGUUUUUGUCUCAUCACACGAGUGGUGGACAAUGUUUUUAGUGGACAUUACCUUCAGCGUCACCUUCAAGAGCCACGUCAUCGGCCUGCUCCGCCUCGCCAUUGACGUCUGUGGAAGAAGUGCGACGAGGAGAAACCUGCGGAUGGAGCCGAGACUUUCAGUACGCAUUUGUGCUGAGAAUGAAGAAGAGCUGAAGAACCCACCUUUAGGCUGCGCCGUGUGCCGGGACUCGUGGGCGAGGGGCUGGACCUGGACGACCUUGCCUGCGAUCCCGACGCUUCAUUGGCUGAUGAGGACAGUAGAGGAGUCAACGUACUGGCUGAUAAUGAUCUGACACUAGGGGGGGACGUUGAGGCUCAUCUGACCUCUGAAGACCCUACAGGUCAUGAUGUCUCACCUGAUCCCGGCGAUCUGGACUGAGCCCCUGCUUUGGCUGAAGCCUUGGAGGAGGACAAGCCGGAGCCGCUGGGGAUCUUGGGAGGUGUUGUCCUCUGAGACGCGGCGGGACGAGAUCCUUUAACUCGGCACUCUGCAGCGGGACAGAAUUUUAUUCGUCUACCUGCGCGCUAGGAAAGCGUGUGUUUGCUCUUGUGCUCUUCUUUUGUGUGGCACCACUCUUGACAUCCCACUUUUAUUCUGUGGACAUUUUGACUUGUCCACUCAAAAAAUACUUGAAUGAGUCCUUUUACCACAUUAGACUGUGUGUGUGUGUGUGUGUUUGCUAUUGUCUUUAGUUUGACUGUGGUUUUCCAGACCAGACUGUGCUGCAUGUUGUGCAAAACUGCAGGUGGCCUAGAAGCAAUCAAUGACACAACAGAUGAUGCCUUAGCCUGGCUUGACUUCAUUCUUACUCUGCAUAUGUCAUACGUUAAGAAGAAGAUUGUCUUUAGAUAUUUGCGUGGCACCUCUCUUGACAUCCCACUUUUAUUGUGGGGACAUAUUUACUUGCACUCAGGAAAUAUGUUACAAUGGACUCUUUUCACCUUAAUAAGCCUGGGAAGACUGUGUUUUCUCAUGUCUUUCUAUGUGUAGCACCACUCAAGACAUCCCACUUUGCCUUGUUGGGACAUUUUGACAUGUCCACUCACGAAAAAUAUUAGGAUGAUCUUCUUUCGCCAUAUGAAAUUGUGUGCGUGUAUGCGUAUGCGUGUGUGUGUGUGAGAGACCAUUCACAAAGGCUGCCGUCUUGCCGCCGUGAGUGAGCACAAAGUCAUCCUGAGCGUAGCGAAACUUCUCCAGGCCACACGCCAUGAAGACGUCGUCAUCGCCGAAGAAGUCCUGCAGACAGGUGAGCUGCAUGCAUGCACACACACAGACACACACUUUUAGGUGCAUGAGCGUGCACGUGACUCAGAGAGCAGACGACAGCUGGCAAUGUGGAAAUCACAUGGUUGUCAGGAUCUUUGGGAUUAAAGGGACUGUUUGCAACCUAACUUUUGAACGUGCCUCAAGCAUGAUAUCUCCGCCCUGUUCCGGCUCUGAGCGUGUGAGCCACACCCCACAUAAUACACAUGCACGUGCAUUAUUAUGUUUGUUGUCAGCUAUUGCAAUUUGACUGAGUUUCGCAACUAAUGUUAGCAUGACAGCCAUGAACGCCAGUCAUCUUAUUCAGCCCGAAUCGAAGUGCCUGACAAGUUUGAUGCAGUUUCAUUUGUAAUCGUCAGUCUGUUAUUUUAAACCACUCUUUGUAACAUACGCCAGGCAGUGGUGGUGGUCUUGAAUUUGUUGUUUGAAAAAAAAACAUUGAGCCAGUUGCAAAAAGGCCCUUUAAAUGAAAGCGUCCGACUUUGAAAAAUUCAAAAGGAAGCUAUGUAUGUGUUUGUUCUCAGUGCGGGUUUUACUUUGGAAAACUGAAGAAUUUCUGAAACACACCUCUGCUGAUCUCUUUUUCCCUCCUUAUUGUCACUUCUUUUUUUUUUUGUCUCCACUGUCCUCAACCCUUUUCUCACACGUCUGUGGGCUUUCUGGAUGGCUAGUAACCAUGGUAACUAAUACUGUAGUGUCAGAGAUAGGACACACACACACACACACACACACACACACACACACUCCUGUCUUGUUUCACUUCAGAGCUGCCCAGAGAAUAAGAGUUCAUUAAGCGACACUGCUGCCUUCAAAAUAAAAGCCUGGCUGUACUGUUGUUCAUAGAUGCCUGAUAGUUGGGCAACUUGGUAGCUUUUAUUUGGAAGGUACUGUGCACUCUCAUUGCUUUUAUUUUUCUAAGGUUGCUGUGGGAACGGCUGAGUGGCUUUGUUCGACCUGUGUGUGUUUGUGUGAAACAUGGACGGCGUGUGUGUGUGUGUGUGUGUGUGUGUGAGACGUGUUUGAAUCUGUGCUGCAUUCACUGACUGUACCCGCCGUCGGUCACUUUGAUAACUCUUUUUCUUCUGCUGUCAAGGUGUUAAAAAUAGCUUCCUGUGAUGUGUUUGAGCAUCCUGUCACAACGUUUUUCACGCAGAAGAAAAAAAAUGUUUUUUGACUUUUUUGUUUCCCAGGAUGGAAGCAGAGCUCACCUGUUUUCCAUCCAGUGUGUAGAGCUUCUUCACGGCUCCAGAGUCCAGCUUGAUGGCCUCGGUUAUGUCGGCCAGCACUUGUUGGAAGGAGUGUGCCGUCUUCUUGUUCAGGAGGAUCCGUACCGCCUUGCGAGGCUUCACACCGCUGCGGAUCACCGUCACCAAUUUGGGUUUGAUGAAGUCUUUGCUCUCUCUGCUCUCUCGGCCUUCUGGACGCUCUUUGGCACACCCGGCAGCGUUGGCGGCCGGACCCCCAGCAGGCGUGCCGGAGGGCCUGCUUGACCCCGCCGUGCCGCCUCCGGAACUGGCGCCGGGUUUCCAGCUCGGGAUGGAGAUCUUUGUGUAGUCAACUUUGCGGUAAGGCUCGUUGGAGGCACACACGUAACACUGGCCUGAGACACACAGAAGAUGCACAACAGUCAGUUCACUUAACCUUUUCCAUUGGGAAGAUGCUUUGACAAGGCGUGAUGUUGUUUAACUGCACGUUUUGUGAGUAUAAUACCGUAUGCCUGUAAUUGUUUCUUAAUGUGUGAGUUUAAAAUGUGAGGCAUAUUACAGGGUUUACAAUAUCAGCAAUAGGCAUUUUUAGGGCUUUUUAUGGGUACGUCUAUUAUUUGCAUUUUUCGUACAAUUCAUCCAUGGGGUGGCACAGAGGAUCAGCUUUAUCUGCUUCAUGUCACAACUGAUGCAUCUGUCUUUUAAUGCUUCUCUGUCUGUGCACUUUCCCUACAUUACUGCUCAUUAGCAGACUUUAUGGUCAUCAAUAUUGAUGCUUAAUGAAGGACACAUGGUCUGCACGGCUUUUUCAUGUCUAUAACGUAAGAGCGUGACUUUGUUCAAAUCAAAUCUAGAUUUUGGUCUGAGACAGAAAAGAUGUGUCGUACCUUCCAGCAGCUCGUCCAUGCUGCUGAUCUUCCUGCUGCCGUCGAUGGUGUAGAUGGUCCUCACUCCUUGCGGCAGGUGCAGGUUGUCAGCCAGAGAGCGGGUCAGCUCCAUGAGCAACGCGUCGUAUGAGCGGAAGCGGUCGCUCGAGACGGCGUAGACUAGCCCCUUGAAGUAGCGGUCUCCAUUGCGGUAGAAGCGCACCUUCUUGGCCCGCUUCUCCAAGGUGAGCGCCUGCAAGGUGCGGGUGCGGUAGUAGCUGCAGUUGGUGCUGUGCGCCGGGCUUGGAACCAGGCUGCUGGCCCGUGAACUCGGGCCUGACCCGCCGCCGGUCCCGCCGGAGGAGUCAUCUCGUUUAGCCCGGGUGGAGCGUCCUCGACGAACCUUGUCUCGUUCAUCAAAGUGCUCCAGCUCGAUGGUCUUACUCAGAGACAUGACAGCGUUGCGUCCAAAAGCACGGUCCCACUACUUGCCAUUCAUGAUGACUCACUGCAAGAAGCAAACACUGUGAAGUGGUCCAGCUUCCUGCUAGCAAAGAUGAGAUCAGGAUCUUCUAUGAAGACAUGUUCAACUUUGACGACAGAGAUGAUUUAAGGAUCCUGAUGAGUCCUAGUGACCCAAUCCCUGAAGCCUCCGCCAGUACAUCAAGUAACAAUUGUCCAGUUGGAUCCUUGUCCUGCCAUGUUAGCUCGUGUCAAGAGUAAAGCCUCGAGGUCAUACGUUGACUGCUGAGCUUGCUAGCAACCUGCAGCCUCCCUCAUCAGCAUCUCAAACCCAAAGUCCAGCUUUUGGUCCAGUAGUCCCCUUUGUGCAGCAAAGCUGCAAUACAAGGUCACACUGAAUGUGCUAAUCAGUGAACAUUAAAAAGCCACGGUGCUGCAUUAGACUCGUGAAUGCGGCUGAUCACAACCUGCAGACAGGAUUAGAACAAAAGCUGCAUGCAGUCUGCUUCAUCCAUGAGUGUGCAUGCAAGAGGGAGGCACCCACCAAUAAUGCUGCGGAACUGGUUUGUUGCUAUGGAGGUUUCCCCUUCCCUCCUCCCCGGUGCUCAGGUUCCGGUAUUUUCCGGCUGAUCUGGCGGCUGCAGAUGGAUUUGAUGGCGACGCCUGAGCCGAGUCAGGCUGCUAUGCGGCAUUUAGUGUGGCUUGUAGCGGGAUGCAUUGAGGCAGCAGCAGGAGGACGAAGAGGAGGAGGAGAGGAGACACCGGCGGAACAACGCUUCUUCUCCGCCUUCCCUCCAAGGCUGUCUCUCUCUCUCUCUCUUUUGUCUAGCGCGCUCAACCCCUCCCCCUAAUCUUGUCCCAUUUUAGCACUUAGCCAAUUAAAUCUUAAAAAUAACAAACACAGAGGCAAACAUGUGAAUUCAACAUCAUCUACUACAGUGACUCACUCUUUUCUGUUUUAGAAUGUUACAUUAUUAUAUCUAUUAUUUAUUAUAAUAAUCUUAUCCCAGUCUAAUGAAGGGUUGGAUGACAUCAGCUUGGCAUUUAGCUUUGCAACUAGCAUGGAUUUUUAUUCUUAUGUUAAAAGAGGGACGAUUAUCGUAGUUUAGCAUCAUGACUAGACAAUGAAACCUGACAGUCACUACAGUCUCUUCUAUUUGGGAUAACAGCCAGCGUCUUAAUAAAUCAAUAUAUCAUGUGACCACCAGUCAUUGCUACAUUUCUUUAGGAGAAUUAUCUUAUAUAUGUUUUUAGCAUGUGCCUUUACAAAACAUGCAAUUACACUAAAUGACUGAACUCAUCAAUAAAUGAUGCUAAAUGUCAAAAGUAGUAAACUGCUUGGCUCCAUUAGAGUCCUAAAUAUUUAAUGAAGCUGCUUAGCAUGUAAGUUUUGUCAUGAAGAAACGAUAAUAACUAGGAAAAUUCCCAUGUACAUUGUAAAUGGGCUGCUACCUGAUGCUAAAGCCUGGCCCAGCAUUUCACACCAACUUAGUGGCUGGACAGUAUCCCAACGAAACAGGAAUGCGAACAAUGCAAAUAGAUAGCAUGCUAGCAACCUACGUGGAUACCUUGUAAAAACAUGGGAACAUCUAUCAAACAAUUGCUAAAGUGCUAAAUGUCAAUGUGUAAUGCAAACUUCCAAAAUGCUAAAACACAUACAAUACCUAACAAUAGGUACUAUGUAAUGUCUUAAGUCCUAACUGCUACCUAUUUUAAUUUUGGCACAAUCCCAACUAUAUGGAAAUGUUAACAAUGCUAAUAGCUAGUAUGCUAGCAUUGUAUGUCUGUAUGUCUUGGCCUACCUAUCAAAUAUGUAAGGAACUACAAUACACAGUACCAAGGAGUCUAGAGUUAAAAUGGAUGUGUUGAGUGACACCCACUUCCGUAGUUUCGGGUUUGGCCGCCAUGAUGGUGAGCACAAUCCAGAAACAUUGCAUUGUAAACAUGUCUUCGGCACAGUUCUCAGCCAUUAAUUGCUCUGAUAGACGAUCCAAAAGACCAGAUUUGUCAUUUUUCAAGUUCCCCAAAAACAAAGACAGGUACGUGCCAUAAAAAUGUUGUACAUUUAUAACGCUGGUUGUUGUGAAUAAAGAGGACAGUGGAAGUGUAUAUUGGUUUAUUGUGUGGGUCUCACACACAAUAUAGCUUGAGGCUAAUUUGUUAGGCUAAUGAAAUUUCUGUUGUUUCUUAUGGACAUGAAAAAAUAACCAGAUUUAUAAAAAAAAUAUAUAAUUAAACAUGAUUAAUUAGUUAAUUACUUUGAUAGUAAGUAACUCUGGUUAAAAAAUGUUAAUAGAUAAGAUGUGAAUUAUCUUGGAGAUGAAUAAAGUAUCUCAGCAGUGGUCCUACAUACUGUAGCUUUCAUUUCAUCCGGAUGUUGGGAUCCUUCCCUUCGAAUGUGUUGAACUUGAAUUUCACUUUUGCCCACUUGCAAUCGCUAUGAUUUAAAUCUGCAUAUUAAUUUGAUCCCGAAUUGAAAUGGAAAGUUGAACAAACAUGAUAAAGAAGUAUCCAAAGUACAAAAAUACAUACAAGCAGCGAUAGUCUCAUUUUCUGGGGAAUCCCCACUCUCUCAUCCUGACGCGCACAUACAUUGGCAGGUUUUCACAGUGCGGGGAUUGGGACACUAAUACAAGUUAAACCUUCAAGAUAAAACACUCUUAAUACAUCAACAUAAUCGACAAACUUCAUAUAACUCACACGAAGCUAUGAAGAACUUCAUGCCGUGUCUACUUCCUUCCUUUCUGCUAUGACUGUGCGCUCUGUUCUACGAGGCGUUCAGAUACGCUCGUAAAUGUGAGUUUUGGGCGCUAAUUCGUUUUUCAUUUUUAUUCACGCACCUCCAGUGACAAUUGGCGUACGCCUGGGGGUACGGGUACCCCACUUUGGGAACAUAGGGAUUAGUGGAAUGGUAAUGAAUGAUGCCAUGUGUGGUCCUAUCCACACUUUCAGGUUAUUUUGUUAUAGAUAGACACUGUAUUCAUGUUUUUUUAAUACUGUUAUUGUUUAAUUCUGUACAUGCAACCAUAUUGUAUACUCAGUUCAGAGCUCGUGAAUACAUUGUACACUACUGUCCGCCUAGCCACGCCCACCUCUCUUGCUCACCGUCAUGACAGACUUUAUUCGCCAUAGCGUACUACACUCUGUUCAAUUCAUUUGCGUGGUAUAGUCACCCGUGUUUUAACGCUAGAGUCCUUGCACGGUACUUUGUUAAAUUAUGGCAGAAGUGGUGCAACAGCGCCAGUUCCUGGCACGAGGCAGCAUGUGCAGAUUGCUUCAGGAAAUGCCACUUGACCAGCACCGAGGGGAAUGCAACGUGGUGAGACACUUUUUGCACUGGGAUAAUUAAUGAUUUAAUGUGGAUUGUCUGUACAUGUUUAGUAUUUUACCUUGCAAGGCACGCAUGAUAACGUUCGUUAAUUCUUAUGAGCCCAGACUGUACUUUCAAGUGACAUUGUGCAGACAAAGGCAACUUCACACUGCAGGUCAAUUCUGCAGAUUUGUUUUGCUCAUGAGUGACCUGUAUUUUAUUUUUUUUUCAUGUCAGUGAGAACUCAAUUUCGAUUUUUUUCAAAUGCCACUCAGGCCUCAUUCGUAUGGUGAUAGAAUCUGAGCUACAGUAGAACUGUAAGGUCGAGCCGACCUACGCGUAAUAUCAAGGCGUGUUUUGGCGUGCUUGCCGAGACUUGGAUAAACGUACUCACCAAUGUAGGUAAAAAAUAUUAUCAUCCGAAAUUUUCAAAAAAAUGUCAGUGUCCCAACACUCCUAAAGAUGUGACAGCAAGUUCUCCACAAACUGCCUUAGACGAAAGUCUUGCCCUCUUUCUUUUUUAUCGUAAUUAUUAGGGUAAGAAAAUGCACAAAAUCCUUGAAAUUGCCACAAACGCUCUAAGGAGCGUAAAGCAUUUAACCGACAAUGGAACUGCAGUUCACCACAUUGGCUACAGUAGUGGACCGUCACAUCGACACUAUGUAUGUAUGCAUCUAUGUAUGUAUGUCUUUUCUAUCUGUGGAUGUCGCUGCGUAUGCAUGUACAGUAUAUCCCUGUCUUGUCGCGGUUUGGGCACAGCGCAAAGAGGCAACAUGGGUCCCCCUUCAAUGUUGGGGAAGGAGCCUGAGCUGGUGUGUGAGUUAGAGAAGUUCCAGCUAGAUAUAGUCGGACUCACCUCGACGAACGGCAAAGGCUCUUCCAAACAUCAGUUCAGAGUACCUACCCUUUUCGGAUUAUCCAGAGGGAAUACUGGAGAGUGCUCGCUUGGUGGUUUUCUUUGGUCUGCUGGGGGACCUCAGCACUCACAUUGGCAGCGACGGUAAGACUGAACCGCAGAAGUGCUUUGUUAUUGGACUUCUGUGCACAGAUGAAGCAUCAAUGAAGCAUCGAUGGGGGGAAAAAAUGGCGAAGAAGAAGAAGCCGGCAAACACCAACAAAGAAGUAGCAGCAGGAAGCCAUUGUGUUCAUCAGUUUCAACCAUGGACAGUGUGCGACGGCGCUCGAAAGUUUGGUUGAAAUUCUACAAGAAAAAAUGAACGGUCGGCACAAUGCAACAUUUAUCAUGCAAAGGAGGGUGCACCACUAACAUGAUUAAACAUCUCGGGAUUCACGGUGUACACAGUGCUCUCUUUUUGACACUAGGCCGGACUUCUUCCAAACAGUCAGGUAAGUAAAACAAUAAAUUAUGUUUUUCUUAUGCCAACAUUGAAGCAGCAAACAAAUGAUACUUUAUACUGCGAACUCAAAUAUACAGCUAAUGUAAGGCUGUGUACUUUUUCACAGACAAACGACCUGACGUUAACACUGGCUUUAGCCAGGAAGUUGACCAGACGCCGCCAAGUGUUACUCCAUUCACCGUACUUGAUUGAUAUUCUGCAUGCAGGUUAGUAGGAACUCAGUCACAUGGUUAAGUUCCACUUUGUCUAUUCUACAUCACAAGACAUUCUCCAGCACAUAAACAACAGGAUAUGUGGAAUAGUUUAUUCAUGAGGUUUUCAAAAAUAAAAAUCAUUUGUGAAAGUGUACUCCGAUGAAAAGACACUUCAAAACAUUGACGUUCAAUGGUUUGAUAUUUAUGUACUGAUUGAAAAUAGGCCUGUGAGAAAUUCAUAGUAAAGUCGUUCAUAAAAAGUUCAUAAAAAAAAAUCAUGGAGACAUUCAGACAUUUCAUUCAAGAACUUUCGUUAGCGCCCUCAUUUAAACCAUGCAAACUUUUACGACCCUACCUCUGAGCAGAAUCGUAAUCGAGAAUCGUUACAAACCAGAAUCGGAAUGAGAAUCGGAACCGGAAUCGCUCAAGUUCAAACGAUGGCCAACCCGACACGACGGACACAGAGUAACUUUUCAGUAAGCUCUGAGAAGCGCACACUGACUCACUGCAGGGGAUGAUUGGAUGAAGCAAAGGGACUUUCCACCUGAGAAGACGCCUCACUGGAGAAGUUCCCGUCGGAGGAGGAGAAAGGGGUCAACAAAAAGUGUAUGAAAGGAGCUGAUUUUCAUCGUUCAGGGCUCACUUUGAAUGGGUUCAUGAGGACACUACGUCGCCUCGAGCUGCAUUAAGAAUUGGAAUUUCCCCAGAUAUUGUUGGCUGAAGUAGAACAGAAGUGAAGCUUCUUUCUGUCUGACGAGCUGGGACUUUCAAUUUUGCUACGACUUCAGUGGCGCAACCAAGAGGAGGAAGGAGAGGAAGUUUACCAUCAAUGCGGCUCUCUCCCCGAACCAACCAAGUUGCAUCCGUCCAAGUUGCUGUCCAUCCAAUACGGAUGAUGAUGAUUUUCCCCUUUUGCAGUAAAUUAUUACUUCUGGAACUUUUCUCCUUAACCUCCAGGAUAUUUAUUGGGGCAAGGCUGCGAGAAGUGUUUUUAGAACAGGGGUCACAAAUGUGGUGCCCGUGGGCAACAUGUAGCCCCCCACGACCACAUGAGACCCCCCUCAAGCUUGCUUUUCAUUCAGGUUUUCAGUUAAUAAUGUGAGAAAACCAGAAAGAAAUGCAUUCUGAAAUACAAAAUGUGAGUUGUGGAUACCAGCAUUUUUUGAUAAUGUUCUGGUAAAACAAGCAUAUUCGCUUUGUUUGGGUUGAACUAAGCCAUGCAAAUAAAUGUUACAGAAAUGAGUAGCUCUUGGCCAUUUUCAUUUUGCAAAAGUAGCUCUCACAAGAACAAGCG